CUCACUAUAUAAAGCAGCAAAAGCAGUGACGGGCAGAUAGUUGCCUUGCGAAGACUAAGUGAGCAGCAGCCAUCUAGCUCCAGCCAAGAGCAGAUAAAAUGCCAGGGAUGUUCUUCUCUGCUAACACAAAGGAACUGAAAGGAACCAGUCAUUCACUUCUAGACGAUAAGACAGCCAAGAGGAGGCCCAAAACUUUUGGGAUGGACAUGAAAGCGUACCUUAGAUCUAUGAUCCCACAUCUGGAAUCUGGAAUGAAACCUUCCAAGUCUAAGGACAUACUUUCUGCUGAUGAAGUAAUACAGUGGUCUCAAUCUCUGGGAAAACUUCUUGCUAAUCAAACUGGCCAAAAUGUCUUUGGAAAGUUUCUCAAGUCUGAAUUCAGUGAGGAGAAUAUUGAGUUCUGGCUUGCUUGUGAAGACUAUAAAAAAACAGACUCUGGUCUCUUGCAUUGCAAAGCAGAGAAAAUAUAUAAGGCGUUUGUGCAUUCAGAUGCUGCUAAACAAAUCAAUAUUGACUUCCGGACUCGAGAAUCCACAGCCAAAAAGAUUAAAGCAGCAACCCCCACUUGCUUUGAUGAAGCUCAAAAAAUCAUAUACACUCUCAUGGAAAAGGAUUCCUAUCCCAGGUUCCUCAAAUCAGACAUUUACUUAAAUCUUCUGAACGACCUUCAGGCUGAUAGUCUCAAGUGACCAGUUCCUGGAUGGAGGGAAUUAAAGAUAGUAUCAAGUACAGAGGGAAUAUGCCAGCGUGGCUCCCUGGGUGAACACCAUGGCCUUUUUUGGGUGACUCAGUCGACCCAGGAGAACAAAUGACUCAGAACGGAUUAACACUUACGUUAUCCAGGUGCAAAAUUGAAAAUGUACCAGUGAUAAGGAAACUGAGAGACAGUGCAAGAAAGGAGAUCCUGUGGUCCUAUCCUAAAAUGCAUUAGACCUAUAGAUAUGGAACUGUUCCGCACAAUUCCUCGGAAUUGAGGAGGCCAAUAGCUAAACUGUGAAUAAAGAACUUGGAACUGAGUAAGACUUACCAUAAGCUUUCAUAUCAACUGACAUGUCUGCUACAUGUUGUUACAUACAGUUUGCACUGAGCUGCUGCAAUAUCUUUCUCUUUGAUGACCAUUUGAAGUCUAUAUUCUUAAGUCACCUUACUGACACAGAGUCUGCUGGUGGUUUGUCUGAUUUUGUUUUUGACUUGUAAGAAAAGAAUAAUGUAUUUAACGUAAGCUAUUGCUCAUAAAACUGAGGAGUCAGAAUAUAUGUGUAAAUUAAGUUAUCACAAUGCUUGUUAAUAAUAAAUGACUUUUAUAUUAAAAUAUAUAGAAGCAAUUUCUGUUUAUAUUCCAUUGUCAUUUUAAAAAUUUAUAUUAAUUCAAAAAAAAUUUAUAUUAAUUCUCCAAAUUUAAUAAAGACAUUAAGCAAGAGUCUUCUUUCUGUCAACACUUCAACACCUAAAACUAUCAUCCAAUUAACAAUGUAUUUUAUUUAUUGUAUGUACUGAAAAAGAUCUAUUACUUUCCCUGUUAUCACAAUACAUAAAAAUCAAAAAACUGUUUUGCAGUUUUAUAUAUUCAAGUUUCAUACCAAUGUUAAAUUGAUGCCUGUUUUUAAAAAAGGAAGGUAAAGCAAUUUCAGGAUAUAAUCUAAUUAAUGAUAUUUUAUUUUGAUUAAAAGUUAACAGAAUUUGA